AUCUUCCACGCAAGUCCGUCUACGCUCGACCUCAAAUACUUCUUUAUCCUAUUCCUUUCCAGAUGCAUAAAAAUCAAAUACUUAUACCGGUAUCCCAUUGAUCACACCGAGAAAGGCAUCUCUCCUUCAUGUCCAACGAAAGAAGACGUAAGGAUGGCCCUAAGCGGGACAAGUACACGUCACAAGCAUGCUUGGAGUGCCAGCGACGAAAGGUGAAGUGCUCCGGAGAUCCCGUAUGCUCUAGUUGUCGAACCCGCAGCAUCCAUUGCUAUUACGCUGGUGAUGGUCACAAAGAAGCAAAGGGGCGUAAGAAACGCAUCUACGAGGAGUAACCAUCAUUUCCAUUCUUCAUAUUCUCGUGGGUCCAUGGCCUGAUAGGAUACAGACUUCCACGGACCUCUCCCAAGCCUUGCCCGCGAAAACGAAGCAGAACAUCCGCAUCCAUGGAACGACAACUCGCAG